AUGAGGAGGGACUUCAGUGAAGUGCUCCAGGGCCGAGUGCAGGCGGCUCUCCGGAACGGGGUGGGGCACCGGGCGUGCGGUGCGCGCACGUGGAAGGCCAGGGGCCAGGCCUGGAGCGGGAAGGGCGGCGGGGCCUUUAAGGGGCGGAGGCGCGGGUGGCGAGGGCGGGUCCCGGAGCGCGGGGCCGCCCGGGCGCCCGCCCCUCGCGCCCCGCCCCGCGGCCCGCGCCUCUUGCGGCCACUGCUGGGCCGCGGGCGGGACGCCCGGGGCGGCGCGCCCAGGAGGAAACGCGUCCCGGCCGCGGUCCCGGGAGCUGGCAGACGCCGGAGUCGGGAGCGCCGGCCACGGGAUCAUCUCGCACGCAUCCCCAGGUGUGCGGGCUCCCGGCGCUCUCCCGCACGCUGUGGCCACCGUGCGCCCGCCGGCAUUUCCUCUCCCUCUGGCUCUCCCGGCCUCCAGCCUCUGGAUCCUGCGCGCCGCGCCCCCUCCACGCCCCCUCCAGCUCCGGGACGGCCGCCAGCGGAUGUCCUGAGCUCGCCCCUCUCUAGCUGUGCGCGUCCCGGCCGGCCCCGGAGCUGCUCGGAGAAGUCGGGACCGGGCGGGGCAUGCGCCAUCACUAUGGCCCGGCUGGGCUCGUGGCUCGGUGAGGUGCAGUGGCUGGUCUUGGUGUCGCUUUUCGUCGCGGCCCUGGUCACGGUGGGACUGUACCUGGCGCAGUGGGCGCUGGCGCGGGCACGCCCUGCAUCCAGGCGGCGGGCGGAGGCAGCAGUGGCUGCGGAGCCUGGCGAGGCGCAGCGCCCGGAGCCCGACGCGUUGCUCUCCUGGAUCCUGACGUUGAGCAGCUGGAGACGCCAGUGGCAAACGGCCUGGGUGACCGCCCUGAACGCCGAGGCCCAGAGGAAAGGGGGCCAGCUGCUCCUGGACUUCCAGCAGGACCUGCAGCAGCAGCAGCCCCUGGCACUGGCGGUGCAGGAGGUCUCCAGCGUGCUCAGGUCGCCCCAGGAGAAGGUGGUGACCUGUCGUGCCGUGGCCCAGGCUGUGCAGUUCUCUGUCAGCGCAGGGUCCGCCACUGCCCAGAGCUCAGGAUGCGGCCUGUAUGACGUGCGGCUCGCCCCGCUUCACUUGCAGCUGGAGUUCCGCCUGGAGGACCAGCGCGAGGACAUCCAGGUCACGUGGUCCCUCCUCAUGGCGCCCGAGAUGGUCAUUGACGUGCAGCCCCGAGCUCCAGGGGAGGACCUGGUGCUGGACACGGACGCAGUGUCCGCGCUGCUCCGCGGCAUCCUCAAGGGCCUGGUCAGCUCUGCCUCUGCGUCCCUGGUCCUGAGCGCCAGGCCGGCCCACGUGCACGACCUCCAGAGCCCCCAGCACGCCCCAGCCACAGCCCAGGAGCCCUGCCCUCGCAAGCCACCCCGGGCUCACGACCUGAAACUGCUGGUGAGGAAUGUGCGAGCUUCAUUGUUGAGCCACCCUGGUGCCCUGGGCUCCGCUUGCGCCGUGUGCACAGCUCAGCUGAACGACCCCGCACAGAGUUUCUCCAGCUCCCUUGCAAGGAACACGACCGAGCUCGCGUGGGGAGAAGAGUUCACCUUUGAGCUGAAUGCCAAAUCUAAGGAGCUGCACCUGCGUAUCUCAGAGGACGGGCAGCCCUCAGGUUGGCUGGCGGUAGCCACGGUCCCGUUAGAUUUAUUUAAGAAGCAGCCUUCUGGACCCCAGAGCUUUGCGCUGGCCAGCGGCUCCGCGUUCAGCGGCCCCGUGUUGGGCUCCGUCACUGCUGAGUUUUUGUACGUAGAACCUGGUGAAUCCAAGGGCUGGCAGGCCCCGCUCCCUACACCUGCUACAAAGAUAGAAAAGGAUCGCACGGUGAUGCCGUGUGGCACCGUGGUCACCACCGUCACCGCUGUGAAGACCAAGCCUCGAUUCGAUGUGGGCAGGGCCUCCCCGCUGAGUUCCGAGUCACCCGUGAAGACGCCUGUCAAGGUGAAGCUCAUUGAGAAGGACAUCUCCAUCCAAGCCAUCCCCUGCCACGGCGCGCCCGUCAGCAAAGCCUUCUCGGCCUCCGACACAGAGCUGCUGAUGCUGAACGGCCUGGACCCCGUGGCCGAGGUAGCCAUCCGGCAGCUCAGCGAGUCCUCCAAGCUGAAGCUCAAGUCGCCCCGGAAGAAAAGCACCAUCAUCAUAUCGGGGAUCUCCAAGACCUCACUGACUCAGGACCAUGACGCUGCCCUGAUGCUGGACUAUGCAGCCUCCAUGGACAGUACCCGCCAGGAGGACAUGCCGACUGCCCUCUCCUGCCCCGAGGAGGUGGCCCCGGCCUCGGCCCCGCCUGCUGAAGAUGAGCCUACCCAGGUCCCAGCUGCUGCUGCUGCUGCCGCCGCCACCAGGCCCCAGGAGGAUGAGCUGGAGUCCUGGGACUCGGAGAAGGAGUCCCCACAGGGGGCAGCCUGGAGCGGCCGGGUCCCGCAGGAGCCUGAUGGGGACGCACUGUCUGAAAGUUCUCUCAGUGUGUCGGAGCUGGAACCUGGUGCAGUCAAGAAGCAAAAAGGGGGCUUUUUAAGGAAAGGUGCCAAGCUGUUCUUCCGCCGGCGGCAUCCACAGAAGGACCCGGGCCUGAGCCAGUCGCACAAUGACCUCGUAUUCCUGCAACAGCCAGAGAGCGCCCGGAGGAAAGGGGCCACCCUCACGGGCAUGCUGAACAGAAAGCUGCGUGCCAGACACCGGAACAAGAUGGCUGUGAACGGCGAGCCCACAGAGCCACAAGGCCAUGGCCUGCGUUAGCGCCCCACGCCCGCCCGAGGGACACACAGGCAUACGCUGCACCUGCCGCCCCAUCACUUCGUCUUA